UCUAGGGCUCUGGAGUUAUAAAAAGCUCGCAUGUGUCAUUUUCUGGCAGUUGGACAGCUGCACAGGCGCUGCCUGCCCACCCAGCUUUGUCACUGCGCUGCUGUGCUGGGUUUGGCAAGAGCGGCUGAAGGUUAUCACAGAUCUGUCAAAGGAGGCUCGUUAACUUGCAAUAAAAAUCUAACACAAAACACACCUUUCCAGAUGGCCCCUCCCGAUGUCUCAUGAGCCCAAUGCCAUGGAAGCCGAAUGCAGAAUUGGUAUCCAGGGUCCGAGGGUGCAAGGAAGGACAGGCCCCCCGCCCAUGGGGUGAGAGCCACCUGUCUUGGUAGGUGACUCUGGCCCCAUCUCAGGUGUGGCAGAAGGUGACUCGCCUUCUCUUCCUGCCCGCCGCAGCCCCAUGGCGUCCUGCCCCGUCCUGCAGAAGGAAAGAGUGUUCCAUUCGGGAGCCCAGGCCUACAGAAUCCCUGCUCUGCUCUACCUGCCACGGCAGGAGACCCUGCUGGCCUUUGUGGAAAGGCGGAAGAGCAAGAAGGACGAGGACGCGGAGCUGAUUGUCCUACGCAGAGGCAGCUACAAUGCGUCUGCCCACCGGGUCCAGUGGCAAGCCGAGGAGGUGGUGGCCCAAGCCCAGCUGGACGGCCACCGCUCUAUGAACCCGUGCCCCUUGUACGACGAGCACACAGGGACCGUCUUCCUCUUCUUCAUCGCCGUCCUGGGACAGGUCUCCGAGCACCACCAGCUGCACACCAGGGUCAACGUGACGCGGCUGUGCCUGGUCACCAGCACCGACCACGGGGCGACCUGGAGCCCCGCCAGAGACCUCACCGGCUCUGCCAUCGGCCCGGCGCACAAGGAGUGGGCCACCUUCGCGGUGGGCCCGGGCCACUGCCUGCAGCUGCACGACAGGACGCAGAGCCUGGUGGUGCCCGCCUACGCGUACCGGAACCCGCGCCCCCCCGGGCGGCCGUCCCCCUCGGCCUUCUGCUUCCUCAGCCACGACCACGGGCGCACGUGGCAGAGGGGGAACUUCCUGGCCUGGGAGAGCCUGGAGUGCCAAGUGGCCGAGGUCGAGGCUGGGGGACAGAGGCUGGUGUACCUCAACGCCAGAAGCCCCCACAGGACCAGGGUCCAGGCCCACAGCGCCAACAGUGGGCUGGAUUUCGAGGAGACCCAGCCGGUGGAGAAGCUCGUGGAACCCCCGGGCGGCUGCCAUGGGAGCGUCAUCAGCUUCCCCAGGCCCGGCUCGGGCCCAGGCUCCGCGGGGCAGUGGCUGCUCUACACCCACCCCACGGACCCCUGGCAGAGGUCCGACCUGGGCGCCUACCUGCACAAGUGGCCCCCGGCCCCCGAGGCCUGGUCAGAGCCGGCCCUGCUGGCCACGGGCAGCUGCGCCUACUCAGACCUGCAGAGCAUGGGGACCGGCCCCGACGGGUCGCCCCAGUUCGGGUGUCUGUACGAGUCGGACAAUAACGAGGAGGUCGUCUUUCUCAUGUUCACCCUGAAACAGGCCUUCCCCGCUGAACUCGCCCCCCAGUGAGCCCACUACCCGCCCGCGAGGAGGCCCCUUCCACACGCUGGCUGAGGGCUCAGUAUUUUUUUUCUUCCGGUGUCCUCUCUUCUGUCACUUGUAAGGACACUUGUCACUGGAUUUAGGGCCCCCAGAUAGUCCAGGAUGAUCUUAUCUCUCAAGAUCCUUAAUUACAUCUACAAAGACCCUUUUUCACAGAUUCCGGGGUUAGGACUUGGACAUAUAUGUCCUUUUAGGGCCACCAUUCAGCCCACUAGAGCCAUCAUGAGUUAUUUUUGUGUGGGCCACGUGACUAAGGGCAGGACUGAAACUCAGAUAAAUCAGAUAAUUCGGAAGAACCAAGGGGGCGGGAGGGUGAGGCUGUCGGAUGUGCAUCUGUGACGGGGGCUGCCUUGGGACGCUCAGUCUUUGCGGAGACAGGUAGAACCAGGUGGAGGUGAGAGAGAGGGGAGGGGUGCUGUGCCUGUGCAGUUCUCGCCAGACAGAAAGGGCAGGUGCGCCCUGGUUGUCUCAGGGGGUGACAACCUGAGAGAGAACAGGACCUGGGGGGGGGGCGCAACACCUUUCAGACUUCUGGGGAACCUCAGAGACCUUUGUCAGAUGUGGAAGAAUGGACUUACCUUCUCCCCCCACCAGAGCCACCUGGGGGGGAUGGGGACAAUACUCAUAGGUUCUUGCAGCUGAGUGGUAUCUCUGUCUGGCCAGGCGGUGUUUAAAUAGAAUUUUCACAGUGAGGGAGCACGAGGCACCGGCCUCCUAUCAGGAAGUGCUGCUUUUCCAUGUGGGGUUUCAAGAAAUCCAACUGGAAGGAUGAGGAAU